AUGAAGUUCUCAGCCUCUUUGGUAUUACUCACUCUCAGUCUCCAGGCAUCAACGGCUGUGUGCCAGCUUCUUGUCCUACCAGACCUCUUCCGUACAGGCAACUCCCCCACAAAGCCUGCCUCUCAAAAGGGACAAUCCCCCAUCAUGAACAUCCCCAAUAUUCUCUUUCCCCCAUCGAUCGACAAAGACAAAGAUGGUUCAUCCGGCGGCUCAGGAGACCUUAGCAUCUCGGAUGUCAUAGGCAAAGAGCGUGUCAUCAGUAUCUUCGCCGGAUUCACUCGAGAUAUAGACAACAUCUCCAAGCGCUUGAAUGCCGAAGAUCAGAAUACUACAGUGCUGGCGCCUCUCAACUCAGAGUUACAGAAGCUUCCUCGGAAGCCGUGGGAGGAUCCUGAGGACUACAACGAGCUGGGUGCGAAGGCGUAUGAAGGCCAGGUGGGGGAGGAUAGGGCACAGAGGAAUUUGAGGAGGUUUGUCGAGGCGCAUAUUGUCCCCGUCAGCCCAUGGAAGGAGGGCGAAAAGGUGGGCUCGAUGGGCGGAGGAAAGCUAUGGUGGGAGGAGAAAGAGGGGAAAAAAAUGGUCCAACCGGGCAAUGUCGAAGUCUCAAGCAUAGCAAGUAGGGUUUCGAAUGGAGAGGUUUGGAUCAUCAAGGGUUGUCUAAAUUACGCGUCAUGA